CAGCUGACAUUUGCUCCCGCUCUCUGCGUCCUGCCGCCAGCCCGAUGGGGUGCGGGACGGAAGAGGUGUGCGAGCCGGGGUGCCUAAGGGAGGACCGCAGGAAGGUGCCGUGCUUUGUGGCCCUGGGGCGGGGCUGCCGUAGCGCCUCGCUUGUGCAUUGGGUCUAGAUUCAUACAUAAAUAUAGCCGGGGUGGGCUCGCCACACUCCUCUUGCCCCCACCUCCAACCCAGGAAGAGACAGAAGGGGGAGAGAGAAAUAAGGAAAAAAAAAAAAAAAAUCCCAGUGAGGUCAUUUCAAUGAGAGCGCAGGAGGCGAUCAGACAAGGUCGACUUUUCCGGAGGAGGCGCAGCCCCUGAGGAGCGUGGUGCUGCAUACGGACUGCCGCGCUGCCCAGCCGACCGGCCCCGGCGCCCCGUCCCCGCCGCCGGCCCGGCACCUUGGAGAGCUCCGCGGCGGCGGGGCUGCUCUCGCUGCCGGCGCGGCGCUGCGCUGCGCGGCGCUGCGCGGGGCCCGGCGGAGCCGGAGCCGGAGCCGGAGCCGGAGCCGGAGCCGGAGCCGGGACCGCCCCACCGCCCCUCGGCAGCGCCUGCCGGCCACGGAUGCACCGCUCCGCCCCGGCUGCCGGCGAAGGAAGAAAAGUUUGGGGUCGACUUAAGGAGGCGGGAGCGCCGGAGGAGAAUGAGGAUGCGCGGUUUCCCCGGCUGAUCGGGAAGGAAGGAUGACCGAGGGAGGAUGUGCACCAGCAGCCAGAUCAUCGGGAGCCUCCUGGUGCUCUCCGUGCUGGAGAUAGGGUUAGGGGUGUCCAGCGUGGCCGUGGGGGCGGUCAGUUUCAGCCUGGUCCUCACAGAGCAUAAACCUCAGCUGGGAGACUCUUCUCCGGUAUGGAGCGGGUUUCUGCUUUGUGGCAUAUGUGGAAUAUUGUGCGCCAAAAAAAAAUCUGGACUUGUCAUGAUACUUUUUUCUGCCUGUUGCAUCUGUGGACUAAUCGGAGGAAUCUUAAAUUUUCAAUUUCUUCGUGCUCUGACAAAGAAGUCGACUGCUCUCUAUUCUUUGCAUCUUGCCUCCAUGUCUCUUGCAUGCAUUGGAAUUGGUGGUUGCACCCUUUCUUCAUGGCUUACUUGUCGGCUAGCCAGCUAUGAACAAAGGCGAAUGUUCUCAGAAAGAGAACAUUCAUUGCAUCACUCCCAUGAAAUGGCAGAAAAAAGAUUGAGGGGUAUUGAAAUAACCGACCUGCCCAGCUGCCCGGUGGUUCCCCCGACACCAGAGUUACCUCCAAGGAAAUUACAGACAACCUAAGCAAUGGUGGCCCACAUCUGAUUUAUAAUGGAAGUGUAUAUUAAGAGAUUUUUAAAAGUUCCAUGGAAAGAAGCAGUUAUAGAAUUUUCUUCAGGAAAAAACAGACUCCAAGAAACUGAGAAAAUUGAACUAUCUAAGCUUUUAUGGCUCAGAGGUCACAACUGCAGAACAGCACAGUUGCAUUUCCCUUUUAGAGACAUGUUCAAAAUUUGUCUCCUAAACAUUUUGCAGAUAUACAAUAUCUAUUCACGUCCUGGCUACUAUCUUUUGGGUUUUUUGUCUGAAUAACUCUUCAGAAUUGUGACAGUAUUUGGAAUAGACUUCUCAAGACUCUUCUUCUCAUGAAGACGCAAAAACUAGAAAAAAAAAUAAUUAAACUGGACCACAUUUGGCCUGGUCACAGGAUUCCUAAACAGAAGAGGGCAGAGGAAAGAUGGUUCAGGGGAAGCUUUUUCUCCUCCCCACUUAGCAACAUCUGGUGUAAUAUGGUGGCUUCAGAUCAUAUGGCAUGGUACCAGCAAUGCAUCUGCACAGUCCCUCUCCUCACAAUGCGAAUGCAUCCAGCCUCAGUUUUCCCAGUAGAUCGUAUCAAAAAAGAGUGCAAAUUAUUCUCCAAAAGGCUUUCAUUUCACAUUCAGAGCGUAAAUUAACAGUGUGCUGAAAACACCACCAAUGUCUUUGUUUUGAAAGACAGAAUGCUCUAAGAAUGCCAUAAAUCAAAACCUCAACAAUGCCUUGUUGUAAAGAAAUUGUAAAUAUUUCCAGUUUGUGAAUGAAGUAUAUUUCGUAAUUUGUUCAUAAAAGAUGACAAAUAAAAUGAAAUCUAAACCAGA